AUGGUGCUGCUGUUAAUCGAGGAGAUGAUCACGGUCGGGACGGACUUUCAUAUUCUCUUGCGGAUGAUUAAUAGCUUCGUUCGAUCGCCUGGUGGUUCGAGAUCGGUCGAGAAAGAGCCACUGGGUAGAUUCUUAUGCAGCAGAUUCGCAAGUAUGUUCUUGUCCUCCGCCUAUGUCGAUAUUCUCUUUGCGAUACGAAUGUCAUUCUAUGCAGCACCUCUCGACACGGGGUACAGCGCCACAAAAAUUCUCCAGAAUGUCAUCCCUGAACACCUCGACUUUCUCUACAGCUACCUUGCCCCAUAUCCCGAAUACACGGAGAUAAUCUACAUGCUCGCCGACCUGAUCCAAAAAGCCGCGCAGAUAUACCAGGCGCACGCGGCAAAUAUGCCGGACGCCAUGAUCGGAAAGCUCGUUCAGUCGUUCUUGAAGGAAACAUCAACCUUCAACACAGGUUCGCCGGGCGGCCACAUCCUUAUCUGGCCAUUCUUUAUUGUUUGA